GGAGUUUCCACAAAUUGGAUUGCUGUAAUCGCACAAAUUUGUUCGGAGCUGCCUAAGACUAAGGCCAUUGUUUUUCGGUUUUUCCUGCACCCCCUCCGUCAUUUUCUUCCCUCUCUGUCUCUCAUGGCCUUGGUUCUUCCCCUUUGCACUAUGUUUACAUCCUCAUUCUUCUCUGCCAUAUAAUAUUCACAUAUAUAGAUUUGUUGUAAUCUCAUUCUCAAUCAAAUUUGAAACCCAAUAUCUAUAAAUAUAGUCCUUAUAUUAUAUUGUAUAGUAUAUACUUGUGUUGUAAAUGGCCAAUGCAUCUGCUUUCUUCACUCCUUCGGUUCCCAAGUUCGGAGAGACAGUUCCCCCUCUCAAUCUCAUAGCCAUUCAUCGAUUUCAACGAUUCUCCGCCAAAGUUGUUUGCUUUGGAACUAUCGAAGGAGCUGGCAAGCAUGCUUCCGCCGCUUCCCCUUCCCAAUCUCAGCUUCCCAGGCUUGUCGGUAAAGGUUGCAAGUUAGUUGGAUGCGGUUCUGCUGUGCCAACUCUUCAAAUUUCUAAUGACGACCUUUCAAAAAUGGUUGAUACUUCUGAUGAAUGGAUAUCUGUUCGCACUGGGAUUCGUAGGCGGCGAGUUCUUUCAGGCAGAGAUAAUUUGAUAGCUUUAGGGGUAGAUGCAUCUAGGAAAGCUCUUGAGAUGGCAAAUGUUGACCCUGAUGAUCUUGACCUUAUAUUGAUGUGCACGUCUACACCAGAGGAUCUAUUUGGUAGUGCUCCACAGAUACAAAAACAACUUGGCUGCAAAGCAAAUCCAUUGGCUUAUGACAUUACAGCUGCAUGUAGCGGAUUUGUGUUGGGCUUAAUAUCAGCUGCUUGUCACAUUAGGGGUGGUGGAUUUCGUAAUGUUCUUGUUAUUGGGGCUGAUGCUCUGUCAAGAUAUGUUGAUUGGACUGAUAGAGGGAGUUGUAUUCUCUUUGGGGAUGCGGCUGGUGCUGUGCUAGUACAGGCCUGUGAUACUGAGGAAGAUGGUCUAUUCGGUUUUGAUUUGCAUAGUGAUGGCAGUGGUCAAAGGCAUUUGAAUGCAUCCAUUAAAGAACACGAGACAAAUACAGCUUUGGAUUCAAAUGGAUCUGUGUUAGACUUUCCUCCUAGGAAGUCCUCGUAUUCAUUCAUUCAAAUGAAUGGCAAGGAAGUCUUUCGCUUUGCAGUAAGAUGUGUGCCUCAAUCAAUUGAAUCUGCCCUUCAAAAGGCUGGUCUCCCUGCAUCUAGCAUUGAUUGGUUACUUCUCCAUCAGGCAAACCAGAGGAUUAUUGAUGCAGUUGCUGCUCGCUUGGAGGUUCCCUCGGAACGGGUGAUAUCAAAUUUGGCUAAUUAUGGCAACACAAGUGCAGCUUCUAUUCCCUUAGCUUUAGAUGAAGCUGUUCGAAGUGGCAAGGUUAAGGCAGGGCAAACUAUUGCAGCUGCCGGCUUUGGUGCGGGUCUUACUUGGGGUUCAGCAAUUAUUCGAUGGGGCUGAGAGCUUGUCUUGGAUGGCAGGGACAGCAAACACAGGAGAAAGUGAGGUGCAGCUUCAGCUGCCCAAGUACCCCGCCCGAUCUCAAAAAUUUUUAGGAACGGGGUUUUUGGAAACUGCAGUGCAGAAAAGUAACAUGCAGCACUUCAUGAACUUAUUCUUUCUUUGUUUUUUGGUCUUAUUCAGAGUCGCCUUGGUCAGGUCUUCUUUCAUCAAGUACAAUUUUAUUUUUCAGAGGCAGGCAUGUAUUUGUCAUUCGAAUUGAUUGCAAACGAGGCUUACUAUAUGUUUCUAAGCGGGACAUGUAAAUAAAAAUGCGGCACUCAAAAGUGUCUGCAUGUUUGUACUUUGCACUAUAGUUUAA